AUGAUGGUGAAGAGUGUUAAACUUAAAGAUUGGAUUUUUAAUAACCCUGAUUUGCUUGGUGACAAAGUUGUUCAGAAAUGGGGUUUUGAUCUACCUUUCUGGUUUAAGGUGUUGUCUGUGGGAAAGGCUUUAUCUAUACAAGCUCAACCUGAUAAGGAAUUGGCUAGGAUGCUGCAUAGACUGCAUCCUGAUGUGUAUAAAGAUGGGAAUCAUAAACCUGAGAUGGCUCUAGCAAUGACAGAUUUUGAGGCUCUUGGGGGAUUUAUCACUCUUGAGGAGCUUAAAGCUGUGAAUCAUAACAUUCCCGAAGUUGUCGACCUAAUUGGUGAUGUAAAUGCAGUCCUAGUCUUACAAACUAGUGAUCAGAAUGAUCAAGAGAAGGUUAAACCUGUUCUACAGGCAGUGUUUACGCAUCUUAUGUCAGCUAGUAAAGAAAUUGUAACCGAUGCAGUGAACAGUUUUUUCAAUCUAAUAAUCUAA